AUGUCUUCCAUUCGAGAACCCGAAUGGAACAGCGAGCCAGCAUGGAAACUACCAGGCUGGGCGGAGCCCGUUAUUGUUGCUUGUAUCCUCUUUGGAGCAAUGUUCAUGACACGGCGGCGCAACUUUCGCAUCCUCAGGAAACGUUCCUCGCCUUCAAAUGGACUGGGGAGUCUUGAUUCCGACGGCUCCUCGGAGGCUCUACUACCUCUUAAACCUUAUUCAGAGGACGAGGAUGACGAUAUAGUCACUACCCGAAAACACCCACCGAAGAAACGCAGCUGUUGCUGCUUCACUAUUCAUACCCCCAAUACCGCCCGUUUCCGAGAUAAUAUCCACAGCCGCAUUCUUCAGCGAUUCCCGUUCCUGGUCGAGAUGCUUUAUUGGAUAGUCAACUACGCCUUUUACCGCUUCACAGCCGUUGCAUCUCAGCACAUAUUCGCAGAGACGGGAAUAUGGAAUGUUGCGCAGGCGCAUGGAUUGUCGGUCCUGGAGACGGAACACAACACCGUACUGCACUUUCUUCUGCCGGUGCGGGAGAGGAGUGUGCAGCAAUGGUUCAUGCACGGCCACCAGGGGCUUUUAACUGUUCUCAACAAAGCGUAUGCGCUGAUCCACAUACCGGGCACUGUAGGAUUCAUAUGCUGGUACUACUAUGUCGCUCCAUCUUUCGACACUUUCGCCAUGGUCCGCCGUACAAUGACACUGACCAACUUCUGCGCGUUCCUGACCUUCAUCUUCUACCCAUGCAUGCCACCACGCCUUCUACCACGCGAGUAUGGGUUCCUUGAUACGGUUCGGCAUGACAAUGCAGAGAGCGUGUGGAUGAGCGGAAAGUACAUCAAUACACUUGCUGCGAUGCCAUCGAUGCAUUUCGGCUAUGCAUUCUGCAUUGGCGCCACGCUCAUUUUCCAUUCGGGGCUUUAUCGCCGUACUCUGGAAUCGCGGCAAACCCGUAAACCCCUCUUCUGGAAGGUUUUCUACUUGAUCUUCGGUCUCGUCUACCCGGCUUUCAUUCUGGUCACAAUUGUUGCGACAGCCAACCACUACUGGCUGGACGCCAUGGUUGCGACAGCCUACGUUGCCAUAUCAUUCCUGUUCAACAGAGUCUUCUAUGUAUUUAUUCCUUUGGAGGACCUGUUGCUCUUCGCCAUUCGCGCCGAUAAGCCGGUUCCCACAACUGGUGACCGGUUUCACGAAAACGGUGGUAGAAUAUAG